ACCCGAUGUCCACUUCUCGGUUCGUCAUCGGCAUUGUGGUUAACAUUGUUGGUGCUAUUACCACUAAUUUCGGUACUGUUCUCAUGAAGUACCAUACAGCCGUGAAGCACGGCAAAGGGCACUCCCUCAUAAUAGGGCUGAUCCUCUUUUGCAUAGGCUCCGUUCUGACCUUCGGGUCCUUUGCAUUUGCCCCUCAGUCCUUGUUGAGUGGUAUUUCUGCGAUUCAGUUCGUGUCCAAUCUCUUCUUCGUGCACUACUUCCUCCAAGAACCCUUCACCGUCUUCAACGUUUGCGGUACAGUGGUUAUCAUUGGAGCAAUAGUCAUGCUGGUGGUAUCCUCGACCAAGUCUGAGGCCAUCAACAACGUUGACCAAAUGUUCAACGAUUUCUACUUUUCGGCGACUCACGGCUACUUUGUGCUGGGAUUGUUGCUGCUUAUAUGCUUCAUUGCUUUUGCCUUUUGGAUGAGGACUGGUGCUCCCAUUCUGUGGUUUACUCGUUCCAAAUGGCCCAAGAGGAUACAGUGGGAGCUCUCCUUGCCAAGAUCCCACAAUAGAGUUACCCGCUUCCUAGUCCCCAGCGGGUACACCUUUUGUGUAGCAGCAGUAGGGGCCCAGUCCGUGGUGUCGGGCAAAGUGCUAUCACUCAUAGUGACCCAGGCUUUCGGUGGCCAAGUUUCACAGCUGUACCAGGGUAGAACAUUCCUAGUGCUCUUCGCAUGGCUUUUCGCGGCUGUUUUCUGGGUAAUUCAUCUCAACCGAGCGCUGAGAAUAUUCCCGGGAGCAUUCCUGGUACCACUAACACAAGUUUGUUGGACCCUCUCUACCAUGUUAUCUGGCGGUAUUGUAUUCAAAGAAUUUGUGGCUAUGCAAUCGUGGCAGUUGGGUGUAUUCUUCAGCGGUACUGGAGUCCUCUUCUUUGGAGUGUUCCUCCUUAGUCCGAGGACCAGUGAGGAUGAUCAGGAGGCAGCUGCAAGACGACGAAGCUCUAUUGUUAGUAGUCAGAAUCUAGUCACUCGCAGUGAGGCAGGUCUCAGUACAGUGAGUAUUCCCGGCACUCCUGUUAGUGGCAACAACCUAAGCCUCCCUCAACACGGAGGCAACCUGUCUCCUGUCCCGCGGCACCCUGUGCUCCCCCCGAAGCGAGUCGGUAGGAUGGGUUCUGACGCUACUGUUGCCGCUGAUGGCGAGUUUACUUAUCAUACUUCGAGUCUAUCCCCACCAGCGAGACGUAGGACUUCCACUAUACGGUCCAAGUCGAUCUCAGAAGGCUGCGGUCCGACUUUAGUAACGUAUGAUAAUGAUGACCCAGCCGCCCCACCACCUCCACCUUCACUAAGUGGCUCGAGGAGUCCUGGUGGGACCAGCGUCACGAGGCAGCGUACUCUCACCAGAAUUAUGUCGGCAAUGACUGUUGAUGCUGCAGCGGAAAUUCGUCGGGAGGAAGGAGCUGAUCUCGGCGGGUUCGUCAUAGAGCCCAGGAAGGAACAUCAUCACCAUCACUAUCACAAGGGGGAGUCGACCCGCUCGAUCGAAGAGAGCGGUCGGGAAGAGUCGGCAGCAGCUGAGCCGGCUAAUGAUGCUGAGCUCGAAAGAAGACGUUCUUUCCGACUGACGUCGGUCUCGGUGAGGACAAGUCCUAGUGACUUGGAUCACACUUUCCCCGACCCACCUUACUUGAGACUGAGCAAGUGGUGGACUCGCAAGAAAAGGCAGAGAGCUGAGAAGAGGCGGUUGGAGAGGAGGACUCGGCAGAGAGAAAGUCGAAAUGGUGACAAUAAAGCGUCACGAUCGACUGAUACUCCCCGCGAUUCUGGUGACCAAGGAGAUGACUUCACGUCUGUUAUCAGUGAGAGCAACAACGACUUGGAAACUGGUCUCAGAGGAGGAGGACGUUAAAAGUCUUAUAUAGUCGAGGACUGGUGCUCAAGCUCUCGAGGACAUCUCAAAGAAGCUCAGCCCCCGGGUACCACCUUCUGAUACACCAAUUGAGUCGAUGAUCUUCACUUCGUCUGUUGCAGGUCGAUGUUGAGCCCAUUCCAGCUUCGCAGAUUAGUGUUAAUAUAUAAUCAUAACCCCCUGCUUAUGGUACUCCGCCUCCCCUGUGUUUCUACAUCAUAUGGUAGCGUUUGUAUCAUCGACUCAGCAGUUGUACACCAUGAGAAGUGGUUCAAGCAAAUGUAGUUAUCAUCCAUUAUAGUGUGUUGGACCACCUCGCGUCCAUUGUAUACUCGUUAUCUACUUCUAGUGCUGCUACUUGGCGUUGUUGUCGGUAAUGUGUUAUGACUUUUUGUGGGAAUGAUGAGUGAAACUGUUUUGGUCGGAGUGAUGGUCACGGCUCUAUUGUUGGGUGAAGAAGGGCAGCAGCACCACCGUUUAUUGUUACAUAAUUAU